UGCGGGACUUUUUAAAAGUGCGCUUCAAACAGUAUUUGCAACGGUUCGUGUUGGCCAUAAUUUUUUUUAUUGCUUAGAAAAUUUCGAGAAAACUGUCGCUGAAAAAUUUAUUGAAUAAUAAAAAUUCUAUAUAGAAAAGGGUUUAGCGACUUUUUUCUAUAAGAAAAGAAGUGCAAUUGACAUUAUAAACAAAAAUCGGUGAAUAUAGAAUUUUGCCAUCAAGCAAGGAAGAGAAAAACUCGAAUAUUGUGUUGAAAUAUAUAAGUAUAAUCCAGAGAAAAAAAAUGGUGGGAGCUACUAAAAUUCGUAUUGAUGAGAAUGAUGCCAAUAACUUCACCAAAGUAAAAAAGUUUGGAGUUAGUCAUGCCACGGAAAACACAAGACGUGCAGCUUUGGGCGACCUUCAGAAUAAAGCUGUUAUCCGUCUGGCCAAUGCCAAAGAAGCAGCGCAAAAAGACGUUGAUGCGAAAUUGAAAAAUGUAAUUCAAAAUACCAAGCCACGUGUGGAUACUCACUGGAAAAAGGCGCCAGGUGCCGUUGCUGUUUCUGUUAAAAGCAAUACAGCGACUGAGCAGCCAAAGAAGGUUGUUACGCGUUCGAAUUCUACACGCACAGCCGGUGUUUUAGCUGAUUCAACGGCUGCUCAUAGAAAUGUGGCUGGGUUGAGCAAACAUAAGACGCUUACUACAAAAGUAGUGGAAAACAAAUUACAACAAGGAAAAUUGUCUAAAGCCAAGGCUACAAAUGAUGAAAAGUCAAAAAAAUCUGGUGAGAGUAUUACAUUGCGACGAGAAGAUAGUAAUUUAUCGCUUAAGUCUUUGAGCAAGUUAAGAGCAGUCUUGUCACGUGAUGCCAACAAGGCUUCAACUGCGAGAUCUGCAGUGCAGUGUGUAAAAAUCGAACAAGAAAUCAAAUCCACAGUUGCAAGUGAGGAAAUUGAUUCGGAUAAUGACAAUAAGAAUAUUGCUGAAAAACUAAGUUUAAGCCCACAAUCAAGCAAAUCUGAAGAAGAGCAACUCGAUGAUGUUGAAGACAUUGAUGCUGGCGAUGCCGAUAAACUAUUAUUGGUAUCCGAAUAUGUUAAUGACAUUUAUAAUUACCUAUUCCAAUUAGAGGAUGAACAAGUAAUACGUGAAAAUCAUUUGGAUGACCAAGAAGAAGUUUAUCCUAAAAUGCGCGCAGUUCUCAUCGAUUGGAUCAAUGAAGUGCAUUUUCAAUUUCAUCUAACACCAGAAACAUUCCAAAUGACAGUAGCAAUUAUUGAUCGUUAUUUACAAGAAGUUAAUGAUACAAAGCGCACACAUUUGCAAUUAGUGGGAGUUACAGCGCUAUUCAUUGCAGCCAAAUAUGAAGAAUUGGUGCCACCAUCAAUAGCUGAUUUCGUUUAUAUUACUGAUAAUACAUAUACAGCCAAACAAAUUAUUCAAAUGGAAUUGAAAAUCAUUAAAAUACUCGAAUGCAAUUUGUCGCGUCCUUUGCCCAUACACUUUUUGCGACGCUUCUCAAAGGCGGCUAAUGUAGAAGAUAUUCAUCAUGCAAUGGCAAAAUAUUUCCUCGAAUUGACAUCAGUCGAAUACGAUUUAGCGGCAUACAAACCAUCGGAGAUCGCCGCUUCGUCACUUUUCUUAGCGUUGCAUUUACUCCAAGAUAACUCAAAGCUACCAACUGGUUUCAAUAAUCAACACUGGACGCCUACAAUGCAAUGGUAUUCGCGCUAUAGCCCCGAGCAUUUACGUCCAAUUGCCAAGCAAAUUGCUAAAGUAGUGCGAAACGCACCAAACGCCAAACUGAAAGCGGUCUAUAACAAAUAUCAAUCAUCGAAGUUAUAUAAAAUUGCAUUACGUUCAGAGCUAUACGAUAAACUAAUUGAUUCGAUAAUUGAACAAGCUGAAUAAGAAAUGCGUGUAUGAAGUGAAGAUGGCGCCAGCCGUAGCAGCAAAAGCAGCUGUCAUGUGUCUAAUUUAUGUUUCUGUCGUCGUUUAGUUUAAUUGUUUUUAUUUGUUUUAUAUAAAUAUUCAUUUAUUUUUAUUAUCAUCCAAUUUAUCUAUUUUAAAUAAUAUUUUUACUUUUAAGUAUUAUGCGACAAUUGAAAUUAGUUGGAUAAUAUAUGCUAAUUUAGAGAUCGUCGGCCGAAUAUCAUUAUAGAUAAUAUAUGCCUUCCAUGUAAUGCCUUGCAUUAUAGCAGUGAAAGAAGGUGGAAAUUGUGGACAGCAAUAAUGGAGAAAAUAAAGGACAACAUUCCGACUACAUUUGUAUGUAUGAAUAAACGUAUAUUUCAUCUUAAAUAUAAUUGUUUAAGAAUUGCAAUAGUGAAAAUAAUGUCAUGUUUAUGUAUUGUUUAGAUGUUUCCAAAACGUAUAGUUUCCUAAUAAAGUGAGGAAAACCACUGUGUACCGCGCCGACUAUGCAAACAACGUAUAUUAGUGACUGAAUGUACUUUAUAAAUAUAUAGAUGAAAAUAUUUUGUAACUGUUAUUGCUAUUUACGCUUCACUUAUAGUCUGUAGCAAUUAAUGCUAAUGUAUUUUUUAACAAAAAAUAAUUGCUUAGGAUUAUAAUCAAUUUUGUCUUUACCUGUAGAUUUACAAUUAUAACAAAAUCGAAACUAAAAUUAAAUUCUACAACGUUUGUAUGCCUCAAACCGAAUGUAUUUGUUAUAACUUAAGUAGUGUAGUGGUUUAAUUCCACGCUAUGCCGCACACAUUUGCUUUGUAGGCGAAUGUAAUUUCUUUGUAUGAUUAAAAUACUUCUAUUAAAAACGAAAAA